UCUAUCUUGCGUGACUCACGACCUCCGCAGCCCGGAGUUCUCGGGGACUAAUACAGUAAUUUAAAAAUUCACUUCAGUGAUUCUUUUAUAUUCCUUACGCAGUUUUCCAGUUGCCAAGUAAUAUCCGGACAAAAGAGUUUUCCGUUUCCGGUUGGCAUGUUGCCUUGGUAACUGGGAUGCACAGCCGCGGAGGCAGUUAUGGCGGGGCUGGGCGGUGAGCCCAUCCCCGACGGGGAGUUCACCGCGGUUGUCUACCGACUCAUCCGGGAUGCCCGGUACGCCGAGGCCGUGCAGCUGCUGGGCGGAGAGCUCCAGCGGAGCCCGAGAAGCCGCGCCGGGCUGUCGCUGCUGGGCUACUGCUACUACCGCCUACAGGAGUUCGCGCUGGCUGCCGAGUGCUAUGAGCAACUGCGCCAGCUGCACCCGGAGCUGGAGCAGUACCGCCUGUACCAGGCCCAGGCCCUGUACAAGGCCUGCCUUUACCCAGAGGCCACCCGCGUGUCCUUCCUCCUCCUGGACAACCCCGCCUACCACAACCGGGUCCUCCGUCUCCAAGCCGCGAUCAAGUACAGCGAGGGCGACCUGCCCGGGGCCAGGAGCCUGGUGGAGCAGCUACUGAGUGAAGGAGGAGAAGACAGCGGGGGCGAGAACGAGCUGGAUGGCCAGGUCAAUCUGGGUUGUCUGCUCUAUAAGGAGGGACAUUAUGAAGCCGCGUGUUCCAAGUUCUCUGCGGCCCUGCAGGCUUCGGGCUACCGGCCUGAUCUUUCCUACAACCUGGCUUUGGCCUAUUUCAGCAGUCGACAGUAUGCAUCCGCCCUAAAGCAUAUCGUGGAGAUUAUUGAACAUGGUAUCCGCCAGCACCCAGAGCUGGGUGUGGGCAUGAUUACUGAGGGCAUUGAUGUUCGAAGUGUUGGCAACACCUUAGUCCUUCACCAGACUGCUCUGGUGGAAGCCUUCAACCUCAAGGCUGCCAUAGAAUACCAACUGAGAAACUAUGAGGCGGCCCAGGAAACCCUCACUGACAUGCCACCAAGAGCAGAGGAGGAGUUAGACCCCGUGACCCUGCACAAUCAGGCACUAAUGAACAUGGAUGCCAGGCCCACAGAAGGGUUUGAAAAACUACAGUUUUUGCUCCAGCAGAACCCCUUUCCCCCAGAGACCUUUGGCAACCUGUUGCUGCUCUAUUGUAAAUAUGAAUAUUUUGACCUGGCAGCAGACGUCCUGGCAGAGAAUGCCCAUUUGACUUACAAGUUCCUCACACCUUAUCUCUAUGAUUUCUUGGAUGCCAUGAUCACUUGCCAGACAGCUCCUGAAGAGGCUUUCGUUAAGCUUGAUGGCCUAGCAGGGAUGCUGACUGAACAGCUCAGGAGACUGACCAAACAAGUGCAGGAAGCAAGACACAAUAAAGAUGAUGAAGCUAUCAAAAAGGCAGAGAAUGAAUAUGACGACACCCUUGAGAAGUACAUUCCCGUGUUGAUGGCCCAGGCCAAAAUCUACUGGAACCUUGAAAAUUACCCAAUGGUAGAAAAGAUCUUCCGCAAAUCUGUGGAAUUUUGUAACGACCAUGAUGUGUGGAAGCUGAAUGUGGCUCAUGUUCUGUUCAUGCAGGAAAACAAAUACAAAGAAGCCAUAGGUUUUUAUGAGCCCAUAGUGAAGAAGCAUUAUGACAACAUCCUGAAUGUCAGUGCUAUUGUGCUGGCCAACCUGUGUGUUUCGUAUAUUAUGACAAGUCAAAAUGAAGAAGCUGAGGAGUUGAUGAGGAAGAUUGAAAAAGAGGAGGAGCAGCUGUCCUAUGAUGAGCCAGAUAAGAAAAUCUACCAUUUCUGCAUUGUGAAUUUGGUGAUAGGGACGCUUUAUUGUGCCAAAGGAAAUUAUGACUUUGGUAUUUCCCGGGUUAUCAAAAGCUUGGAACCUUAUAAUAAAAAAUUAGGAACUGAUACGUGGUAUUAUGCCAAAAGAUGCUUCCUGUCAUUAUUAGAAAACAUGUCAAAACACAUGAUUGUACUUCGUGACAGUGUCAUUCAAGAAUGUGUUCAGUUUCUCGAACACUGCGAACUCUAUGGAAGGAACAUACCUGCUGUUAUUGAGCAACCCCUGGAAGAAGAAAGAAUGCAUACUGGAAAGAAUACAGUCACAUAUGAAUCCAGAGAGUUGAAAGCUUUGAUUUAUGAGAUUAUAGACUGGAAUAUGUAGUAAUGUCUAAUGAUGGCUUUUAUCAAAAUGGCUCUGUUAACUUUAUAUAUUUGCUACUCUUUUAUCUUUGUCCUUUGGCGUUUUCACAUUUGUUAUACAUUGAAAUUUGUACACUUGAAAAUUAUAAUGAAAAUAAUUUAGAUGUAUCUUUUGAGAAACAUCACAAAAGGAGUAUAAUAAAAAGAACUUGAACUCUAGAAAGAUUUAUGAAAAAUUCAAAAGUGAAUGAGGAAAUGUGUCUAAUAGUAUUUGUAAUGCCUACAUCUCUCCUUUGUAUCUUUUGUGUUUUGCUAUACAGUGAAAAAAUCCUGCACAAGAUUAUAUCCUCCAGAGACCAAGCACUGUCAAGUCCAGAACUCAGUUAAUGUGUAGGACAUCUGGAGAUUGAUUUCAUGUUAUACUCCAACAAUUUAUCUUUGAGUAACAUUAAUUUGUAAUGCAUAUGUUUUGCAUAGAUUUUAGUAUGUCUUGACAGAAUUUUCCAAUACAAUUGUAAUGCUUUCUUUAACAAAAAUUCUUUAUAUUCCAAUUUUUUUUUUAACCUGCAAGAUUUAGUAGGAAAUUAUACCAUAUCAAAACAAUGGUGCUGUGGUGUGGAGACAAUAAACAACUGAUAAAUUUUCAUGGUUUUCUUUUGUCCAUUUGUUAACAAUUUGAAUAUAUGAUGUUACUCCUUUCUUUAACUGAUUAAUAACACUUAUUAAUAAAGUUCUAAGAUACC